AUGAACGUUUCCGAGCCUCAGUCUGUAGCCGAGGUCGAAGCAUCAAACAAGUCGGCUCCUACCUCCAUGACUGAUGAAGAAUCCAUGCGCAAGCGACAAACGGAAGAAUGGCUUGGUGAAGCCUACGAAAGCAUCAAGCCCCUCUCCGAGAUUUAUGGGUACCUGAUUCCUGAUUCUGAUCUCGUGCACGAUACUGAGAUCGAAGCAGGGCUGCGCGUCCUCCGCCGCGUUGCUGAGUGCAUGCGGCGUCGAUUCGAGACGUACAUCCUCGAACUGGGCGAGGACAGCCAGCGCGGCAGCAAGAAAGCGAAAAAACUGAGAGACGCACUGCUCACGAGUCGAGAUCCGCAGCGCAGCCCGCACGAGGUGAUGGAUACACUACAGGCGCUGCAUGUCUGGCUGGCUCACAUCGAUGGUGGCUUGACGGCGCUGGUGCCAGUCAGCCAGGCCAUGUGGUAUCAGGGGUUCUACGAUGCGGUAGUAAAGGGGAAGCGGAGCUUGUCAAGGAUGCAAGCCUGA